CCCGGGGAAGCAGACAAGGCCUAUCAGGCGCAUGCUGGCCUGGAGUUCCGAGACUAAGAAACGGGCAGAUGACGCUGCAGCAGCAGCGAAGAAGAAGGCAGAAGAUGCCGAGCAGGCACGUCUGCUGGCACUUGAACAACAGCUCCAGCAUGACGAGGCAGCAGCAAGGGCUGCCGAUGAGGAAAGAGUCCAGCGUCGUGAGAAAAUAUUUACUGGAGAGCGGGCGUUACGUACCAUGGCAGCGGAAUGGCGGACCGAGAAUAGCCAGUUGGAGGAUAGCGCAAACAAGAUAGCGCUCCUCUCGCAUCUCACGGAUCUCCUGGCAACCUGCAUUACACAGCAGGCGGAGAUCCUUGGUCUCAACACCUUGCUCGCUCACGUCCACGACCGCCUUCAGCGGUUGGAGCAGCGACCAGUCGCCGCCGCCCACGCGAGCUCUUCCAACACUGCCGACCGCCUCGAUGCAUUGGAGAUGGACGUCCGCUCACUCAAGGAUGGCGUGCAAUUACAACAGACCGUGACGCAACAGUUGCAACAACGGAUCUGCACUACCUCCACCACCUCGAGUUCAGAACCGCGCGAGACAACUCCAAAGUUCGACGGGCAGGAGAUCUUCUGCGACUCAAUGAAGACAAAUCCGAUUCCAUGGUUUCGCAAGUUCGAGCUCACGCUGCAGCUCCACAACGUCAAGGAACUCAAGCACCAUGCAUACUUGUACUCUCGCUCAGGGGGCGCGUGUCAGGCUUGGUUGGACAACCUGUUAUCCAAGUAUGGAGUGGUAGCCAACGACUUGCACACCAAGAUCAGUUGGGAUGAUCUGAAGGCGGCGUGGCACAAGCGGUUCCAAGUGGAGCCGCCGGAGAUCAAAGCCAUGGACAAGCUCAUGGUCUUCGAGCAAGGCAYGCUGCCGAGUACRGAMUGGAUCGCCGAGUACCAAYGCUUGACGUCAGUCCCAGACAUCCAGAUGGGCUUCAAGGCCAUCCGCCACUACUUCAUCUCAAGGUCAUGUCCGACAUUAAGCAAUGCCCUGACUCAUGUCGAGGACACCUUGACGACGACGGCGGAGUUGUUCAACAAGGCUGCGCAGAUCAUUAUCACGAACAAGGAGGCCAAGAACCUCCGUUCAUCUGCGUCAGGCCCGAGCAGGGACCAACAUCGGCCAAGAGUGGCCGUGGUCGCAGUGGCAGCGCCGUUGGACCAAACCAGCAAGGCUGUGUCUGCCAGUGAAGGGGACAGAUUCACAGCCGCCCGGGAAGGUACUCAAGCUCAAGGACAAGGAGUGUGUGCGGUUUCUUAUCCGUCCGGCAACGGCGACAUAUCGUCUUCAAGUGGUUCUUCACGGGAUUCGGCGCGCGAGUUCAACAUAGAGGUAUUGGACCCGCUCACGUCCGAGGACUUUGCAUGGCUUCCUCUCCCGACCACAGGUCGCUUGCUGGGACCGCAAUGCGCAACACUUAACGCUCAUCUCCACACUUACUUAUCCUUCUAUGCACCACCAACUUCGCCGACGGAUGAUGAAGUCGCGGUGGGGGACAUCCUUGCGUAUACUACCAAGGUGGCCCGCGAGUUUCGCACGCAGCGGUACGAUGACAACAACACACUGCUCAUGUAUGUCCUCAUUCAGGUUGGGCAAGCGUCCUGCAGCGCUUUGCUGGAUAGCAGCGCGUCUCGCAACUUCAUGAGCCAAUCCUUUAUGCAAAGGGCUGACCUUGGCGCACAAGUUCGAAGGAAGGCAAACCCGACGACGAUCAAGUUGGCGGAUGGAAAGACGCAACAACUUCUCAACCGUUACAUCGAGGCCGUACCGGUCUACUUCGCACCUCAUGCAUGCGAACCGGUGACAUUCAAUAUUCUCGACACGGACUUCGACAUCAUUCUGGGAAUGCCUUGGCUUGCAAGUGCGGAUCACACGGUCAACUUCCAUCGGCGGACUCUUAGCGUUCGCGACGCCUUCGGCGCAGAAGUGGCGUGUACUAUUCCUCUACCGCACACUUCGGUCCGGUGCCAAGUGGUGACGGCCAAAUCAUUCCGGGCGACUUGCGCUUACGAGCAGCCCGAGGAGAUCGACCUAUGUUUCCUACGAACCGUCGCGGUAGCCGACUCUUCACCCACGGACUUGUCUUCGGACCCCCGUGUGGUGCGGUUGCUGGACGAGUUCGCCGACAUCUUCGAGUCACCUACCAGUGUGGUGCCGGAUCGGCUGAUCUCUCACGAGAUCAUUCUUAAGGCCGGUGUCGUGCCGCCGAAGGGUUGCAUCUAUCGGAUGAGCGAGGAGGAACUUGAGGUCCUCCGCGCACAACUCGAUGAUUUACUGGCCAAGGGCUGGAUCCGCCCUAGAAGCUCCCCAUAUGGAGCACCAGUUCUCUUCGUCAGGAAGAAGAACAAGGAUCUACGAUUGUGUAUCGACUACCGCAAGCUCAACGCGCAAACCGUCAAGAAUGUGGGGCCUCUUCCUCAGAUCGACGAUCUUCUUGAGCGACUGGGCGGCGCAAAGUAUUUUUCCAAGUUGGAUUUGAAAUCGGCAUAUCAUCAAAUCUCGAUCCAGCCGAACGAUCGCUACAAGACCGCAUUCAAGACGCGGAUCAUCUGGGGCAUCUUCGACGAGUGUUGGAGACGCUCCGCCGCGCUAAGUACAAGGCCAACCGCGACAAGUGUGAAUUUGUCCGACAAGAGCUGGAAUACUUGGGCCAUUCAGGCCGUCCAGGAAUGGCCGGAGCCUCGGAACGUCACAGAUGUCCGCUCGUUCCUCGGUCUUACCGGCUACUAUCAGCGCUUCAUCAAAGGCUACUCCAAGAUUGUGGCCCACUUGAACAAGCUUCAGUGCGAGGAUCGGCCGUUUGACUUCGGAGAGGAGGCGCGAGGAUCAUUCUUCGCUCUCAAAGCCGCGCUAUUGUCUGCGGAGGUCUUGCGGAUAUACGACCCGCUCGCGCCUACGCGCGUCACKACGGAUGCGUCAGGCUAUGGCAUUGGUGCAGUCCUCGAGCAACAUGAUGGCGUGGACUGGCACCCGGUCGAGUAUUUCAACAAGAAAGUGCCCAUCGUGCAUUCCAUUGACGAUGCACGCAAGAAGGAGCUCCUCGCCUUCGUCCWCRCGCUCAAGCGCUGGCGGCACUUCCUCCUUGGUCGAAGCCAAUUUCGAUGGGUAACGGACAACAAUCCGUUGGUCUUCUAUAAGACCCAAGACACCGUCAACAGCACCAUCGCUCGAUGGAUGGUUUUCAUCGACCAGUUCGACUUCUUUCCCGAUCACAUUCCCGGGAAGUCGAACCGUUUUGCGGAUGCUCUUUCACAGCGUCCGGAUCAUUGUACCGCAGUCUACUCAACCUUCGAGAUCGACGAUGACCUGCGGAACAGCUUCAUCCGUGGCUACCAAGCCGACCCCGAGUUUCGCGACAAGUACGCAAAUUGCUCCUCUCCUAAUCCGGCGCCUUCUCACUACCAGAUCCAAGAGGGGUACUUGCUUGUCCACACGCGGAAGAAGGACCUCCUUUGCGUACCGAGUGAUCCUCACUUGCGUACACGGCUUCUUGGCGAGUUCCACGACGCUCCCCCCACCGGACAUUUUGGAGUCAAUAGCACGAUUGGCCGACUCCGCGAGCGAUUUUGGUGGCCUGGCCUUCUCGGCGACGUCACACGCUAUUGCGAGUCAUGCGAGGUUUGCCGACGCUGCAAAUCCGGCAAUCAUCGUCCGUACGGUGAGUUACGACCACUACCAGUCCCGUUGAGGCGAAGGGAAGUGAUUGCCAUGGACAUUACCGGCCCGUUCCCCAAGCACAAGACCGGAGUGGAUGGGAUUCUCACGGUGGUCGACCGACUCACCAAGUUCGCCAUGUUCUUGCCUUGUCGCUAUCAUGCCAAGGCACCGGAGUUGGCCGAGGUUCUUUACGCUGGUUGGAUUCGAACCAAGGGUUACCCCAAGGAAAUCGUCUGCGACCGCAACACUCGGUUCAUGUCCGAUUUUUGGUUGGCACUCAUCAAGCGAUGGGGCUCAUCUCUCAAGCCCAGUUCAACUCGCCACCCUCAGACCGAUGGCCAGACGGAGAGGGCGCAUCAGACCGCACAGGUUCUCCUUCGCACUCUCAUCCGCCCCGACUAGAAGGACUGGGUUGAGCGGCUGCUGGAUGUCGAGUUGGCCUACAACUCAUCUAUCCACCCGGCUAUUGAGAUGUCGCCCUUUGAGUUUG